UAUCCUCAACCAAUAAAUCUGAAAUCUGAAGUGUUGUGAAGAUGCAUACACACCGUCUACUCAACCUGUCACAGUAUCAAGUAGGAGAAGGGAACGCCGAGUAUCAUCAGUACUAAAGUCUCUUGAAAAUGAAGAUGGCCUUCUCUCUCAGCCUCGUUUGUCGAUGUCACUGCCUCCAUCCUUGAAAUCUCUGCUUGUAGAUGAUUGGGAUUUGAUUACUCGUCAGGCUCGGCUUUAUGAACUACCUGCCUCCCAGCCAAUAUGUAAUGUUUUAUCAGACUUCUUAGAAGCUUCUGAGGCUGAAAUUAUUAAGUCAGAAUCAACUUGUGAAAUAAAAGACUGCACUUCUUCUGAACCGGAGAACUCUCAGGUAGAUACUACUAAGUUGCCAAUAAACCCGGGUGUACGGCGUGAAUUUGUUGCCGAAAUUCAGCAUCUUUUCAAUCUUACUAUUGGGUCUCAUCUUUUAUACGAAUUCGAACGAUUACAAUAUGCUGAGCUACUGAAACAUCAUACAGAUAAGAGAAUGUCAGACAUUUAUGGUUCGAUUCACUUGCUGAGGUUGUUUGUUAAACUCCGAGAUAUGGUUUCAUACCUCCGAGUCGAUGAUCAUAGUCUCCCUAUGCUAGAAGCUUCAGUUGCUGAGUUUUUGCAGUCGUCUAUUUCUGUGCGCUACCGUCCAUCUGCAUACGCGACAACUCCGCCUCCGUCUCCUUCAUUGUUUGCUUUAUGCGAAAAAUGGGCAAGCACAGAAAUCACUUUUUGCCUAGGUACAAUAGUUACCAGUAAUAGAGAAGUUUUUGGAUCCAGUUGGUUGAGUAUUGUUCGAUUGCAUCUGGAUUGAUUCACGAAACAGCUGAAGAAGUUGGUUGGUCUUCGCCUAGUCGAAUUCCAAUAAUCGCUGUAUCUGAGGCAUGCGGACAGCUUUCAAUCAUGUUUCCGAUAACCAGAUGUAACUAUGGAUGUCAAUCUGUUGAGAAAAAAGUAAAUUUCGUUCUAGUCGACGAAACUGAUAUC